AUGAAAAACGUAAAAAGUAAACAUGAGUACCCUAUCGACGAGGGAUGUACCCAAGUGAUUUUGAGAGACGACGACGAUAAUUUGGAGGUUGUCAAAUUGGCAGAGAUUUGCGGCCGAGAGGGAAUCUUGGAUCCGAACAAAGCCUCUGUUAAUAUCACCGAAUCCGAAGAUGUUAUUGUGGGGCCUGUUACGCAGUUUUAUGCCCCUGUAACUAUUUAUCAAAAUAUUAAUGGUGAAAUAAAUGGAACAGAAAAAAAUGAAGUCGAUAAAAAGCUUUCUGAACCUAUCACGGAAAGCCCACUCUCAAUUGUUAACGAGGAUACACCAAAGUUAAUAAACAAAGGCUUCAAUAUUUCCAAAAAAAAUCUUAGGAAAUCAAUAGCAGGCAAAAAUUGCAAAAUAGCUUACAUAUUUAUAUUUGCAUUUAUAAUAUCUUUGGGCGUCGGACUUACAUUUUAUACCAAUUCCAAGCCUCCUGAAGAAAAUAACUCAACAAACCCAACAGUUUCGCCUUUAUCAAAUACCACCUCAAAAAAUGAACCUAAGGGGGAAUACAUACAAAGGGAUGUCUGGGGGGCUUGGUAUCCUAUAAAUGGAGUGAAUGCUUUAGCUCAUCCAGUACCUUUGGUAGUAAUAAAACAUACUGCAGGAAGAUUUUCUUCAGAAUAUCUAAAUUGUCGCCUACUAAUAAAAGAUAUACAAUCCUACCAUCAAAACGACAAACAUAUGACGGAUAUAUCAUACAAUUUUUUAGUUUGCGGGGACGAAAAUAUUUACGUGGGUAGAGGGUGGGAAAUUCAAAAUGCUCAAAGACAUGACAGUAUCGAUAUAGCUUUUGUGGGUGAUUUUGAUCAUAUGCACCUUACUUCUGGAAUGGUGAAAUCUGCACAAAAACUUAUUUCUGAUGGAAUUGUUGACCGUAAAAUAUCACAGGAUUAUAAGUUAGUAGCACACAGUCAAACCGCACCCCAAUCAAGUCCUGGAAAAUAUGCCCUCGAGGAGAUUAAGAAGUGGCCUCAUUACUACAGUGGUAAAUUGUACUGA